AUGUGUUCGCUUCGCAAGCUUUAUUUCGCGGCUAACUUAUUUAUGUGCUUUUUUCUUUUUGAUUCCAGCUACGUUUCAUGUUUGAUGAUUUCUCACAUCCGGUGUAAGCCUUUGGGAUCUCAGGUUUCUCCCCCUCCCUUAACCACAUGCCUGCGUGCAGGAGUGUACGUGCUUGCAUGUGAGUCGUCCAUUACUGUCUUAGACGUUUUAGCGAGUGUCGGUGCCGGUGGGUGGAUUAAGUGCCUGAACAAAAAGUCACUAUUGGAAUUGUCAGUUGCAUCUCUUCGUCAUUUCAAGCGAAACGAAGGAGAUGAUCCACACGGUGUUUAUACUGCUUUACGUCUAAUAUCCCCUCUUUUUUUUUCUCUCUUCUGUUGCUCUUUCUUUUCUUUUCUUACCUUUUCUUUUGAGGUCGUGUAUUCGUGGUGCAUUGCAGUGUGCCUUGUGCUUUUUCCCUUCCUUCCUUCCUUCCUUCGUUAUUUAUAUUUCUAUUUUUGCUUCCUUGCUUUGGCUCCUUUUUGCGCUCCGUCGCUCGACAAGAAGUUUGGCAGCAGUUACACCAGUAACGUCCGCAUCUGUAUACACGUGCGCGCCAACGAGUGA